UUCAGUGCUCAAUAGCACUAAAGUCUGCCAUUAGAUCAGAGCGGGCAGGUGUGUUUGAGGCCACACCCCCUCCAGCGAACGCAUGUGUUUGGACGGACAGGUGUGUGCAAUCUGGUGCAUCACCUCGGAAGACUCCGGACGCAGCAGCUCCGCGUUGAAGCCGCAGACAUGCCGCCGCGUGCGCUUGGGCUCCUGGUGGGAGUUCUGCUCUCAGUUCGGACAGGCGGAAGCUGGAACUGGACCCAGAACCAGAGGACUGAAAGCCUGCAGGAACCGUUCUCUGGACGCUUUGGCUUCAGUGAGCUGGCGGGGGUCCGGGCCUUCCCUCCGGAGCUAGAAAUGGAGACCAGGAUCAUUGGGGGGCAGGAGGCCUGGGCUCACUCGUGGCCCUGGCAGGUCUCGCUCCAGUUUUCCACAAUGCCAACCUGUGGGGGGGCCAUCAUUGCUCCAGAGUGGGUGGUAUCUGCUGCUCACUGCUUCAGCAGGUUCAACACUGAAUCUCUGUGGACCGUUCUGGCAGGGAAACAUGACCUGGACAAGCCCCAGGAGACAGAGGAGCAGCGGGUCCAGGUCUCGAAGAUCGUCACUCAUCACCAGUACAACACUCGCACUAAAGAGUGCGACCUGGCUCUGCUGAAGCUCGAGCGCCCGCUGGUAUUCAACGAGUUUGUUCGGCCCAUUGACCUCUGGAUGACCCCGCUGCCCGAGCACAUGAAGUGCACCAUCACCGGCUGGGGCUCCACCCAAGAGAACGGUCCCCGAGUCAACCGCCUGCAGGAGGUGAACGUCAGCAUUCUGGCCUUCGAUGUCUGCAAUGAGUACUACAAAGGCAGGAUCAUGCCGUCCAUGUUCUGCGCCGGCAAAGACGAAGGAGGCCUGGAUGCCUGCCAGGGAGACUCUGGAGGCCCGCUGUCCUGCUUCACUGGGACCCGACAUAAGCUGGCAGGCGUGGUGAGCUGGGGGGUCGGUUGUGGUCGAGCCAGAAAGCCUGGAGUCUACUCCAAACUGCAGCAGCACAUCCUGUGGAUGUCUGACAUCAUAAACGAGGUGAAGGAGGCCCAGGUGGACCUCACAGGAGCAGAGACGGCGUGUGGGAAACUGCAGCCCUCUAGCUGUGAGCGGGCUCCAAGCUUGGCCAGCAUCUCUGUGUCCAGGAGGGGGGCGGUGUGGGUGGACAAUGUUACAGAGUCCUGCCCCUUCUCCUGGCCCUGGAUGGUCAGCCUGCAGUCAAACAGGAAGCACUUCUGCAGCGGUGUUCUGAUCCAUCAGCGUUGGGUGCUUACAGCCAAACACUGCAGUGUCAGUGCUAAAGAGGACGUGGUGGUUCUGGGGGUCCAUGACCUGAAGUUAACGUCAGUUCAGACUGUUCUAGUGGACGAGGUCUUUAGCCCCGUUAACGAUGCCGGCUUCCCGCCACAUUCUGAUCUGUCUCUGCUGCGCCUCAGUGCAUCAGCCAGAUUUGGUCCACACGUGUCUCCAGUUUGCAUCCCUGAGGAGGACGAGGAGCUGGAUGACAGCUGGACCUGUGUCGUUGCUGGCUGGGGGAAAGUCCAGACAUCAGAGGCCUUAAAUCCGGACCGGCUGCACCACGCCGAGUUGACCCUGGUCAACGAGUCCACCUGCAUCCAGAAAUGGGGCGAUCUCAUUACUGACUACCACAUCUGCUCUCACCCAGUGGGAUCGGCUUCCUGCAUGGGAGAUGCUGGAGCUCCUCUCUUCUGUCGGAAACACGAUUCCUACUUCCUGUUUGGUGUGGUUACGUGGGGCAGUUGGAGGUGCAGCGCUAACAAACCUGCCAUUUUCACCCGUGUGGCAGACUUCCUUUCAUGGAUCAGUGAUGUGAUUGACGUCUGAGCUUUCAAGCUCAUUAGAAGCUCCAUGUUUUCCUCUUUUGGUCUGUUUUGAGCGGCCCACUUCCCGCUUUCAUGUUUCACAGACAAGUAGAAGCGCAGAAUUGAAAUAAAGUUUGAAACAGUC